AUGGCGGUGAGCAUGAACAUGGGACGGGACACCAAAUGGUUGACCCUGGAGGUUUGUCGCGAGUUCCAGAGGGGCACCUGCUCACGGUCUGACUCUGAGUGCAAGUUUGCCCACCCCUCCCGGAGCUGCCACGUGGAGAACGGCCGAGUCAUCGCCUGCUUCGACUCACUCAAGGGGCGCUGCACACGUGAGAACUGCAAAUACCUGCACCCUCCCCCACACCUGAAGACCCAGCUGGAGAUCAAUGGGAGGAACAACCUGAUCCAGCAGAAAACUGCGGCAGCCAUGUUAGCUCAACAGAUGCAAUUCAUGCUGCCUGGAGCCCAGUUACAGCCCAUAACCACAUUCCCAGUAACACCUUCCCUGGCAAACAGUCCCAGCAUGGCAUUCAGUCCAUAUCUGAGCCACAUGGGUCCAGGCGUGGGCCUGAUGCCUGAGCUGCUGCCCAGCACCCCCCUGCUGGUCCCUGGGAGUCCCACAGGCCUGGGAGCCAUUGGCAACGGCACCUCAGUACAAAAACAUGUGCGCACAGACAAGCUAGAGGUUUGUCGCGAGUUCCAGCGUGGCAACUGCACCCGGGGUGAGAGUGACUGCCGAUACGCCCACCCCCUGGAGGCGGGCAUGGUGGACUGCAGUGAGAACUCUGUUAUUGUCUGCAUGGACUACAUCAAGGGUCGCUGCAGCCGGGACAAGUGCAAGUACUUUCACCCUCCCGCUCACCUGCAGGCCAGGAUCAAGGCUUCACAGCACCAGGCCAGUCAAAGCACUGCAUCCGCAGCCUUGGCCCUUCCUCCAGGGGCCAUGCAACCGCUACCAAAGAGGCCCACCUUAGAGAAGAGCAAUGGAGCUGCUCCCACUAUAUUUAACCCCAGCAUGUUCCACUACCAGCAGGCCCUGGCUAACAUGCAGCUUCAACAGCCAGCCUUUAUCCCCACUGUAGACCCUUCAGAGAUACUGAGUGCCGAUCCAGUAGAGCUCCAGUGUAUCCCGAUGGAAACCCACUUCUGUCCCGUCCCGAAACUGCUUCUGGCGGCUCCCAUGGCGCUAAACUCAGUCGGCCUCACCCGCAACCCCAGUUAAGUCUCCAUCAACAGUCCUUUCUCCUCUCCCCCCGAACUUCGGCCCUACUGGGGCAGUUAGCUAUCUGAAUGCAGCAAACACGUGCCUAACCUACAGUGCACACUAGUGAGUGGCAGUAUGAACCUCUUUGGAGAUAUUUUAGACAAGAAGUAGUCAAGAAAGAGCUCUGUCGGUCCAUGUAAUAUUCUCGCUUGGACCCAGAACUCUUGAUAAACGCCAGCCAUCUUGAUACACAGGCUCGAGGAGCUGGCUGAGCAAUAGAGCUCCCCCUUUCUUACAGCCAUACACACCCACACAAU